GGCCAGUCGGGUCGGUCUGGUCGACGGUAGCGGGCGAUCGUCGCGCCGCCCAGUGUCUCGCGGUUCAUCGAUCAGUGUGGUGUGUGUCGCGCGUUGUUGUUCCGGGAGAUCUUUUUUUCUCCCCCCUCCCCUUUCUUCCCUCGAGUGGUUCGUCCGUCCACGACGUUUAUUACGGGUAUACUGCCCUCGCGCCGUCGUCUUACGCGGAACGUCGCGUCGCGUCGCGCCUGCACCGCCUUCCGCCGUUCCCCGUGAAUUCGUGCGCGUGCAUACGGGACGGGCGCCGGGCGCGAGCAGGGAUCCCCAUCGGGAGAUCACGGGAUAGAAAGAUGCGACUAAGGAUACGCUGGAUACUUCUGGUUAGCACGGCAGCGGUGAUCAUCGCGGGAUGCGACGCCGCCACCGAGAAGGAACAGAGCGACAACAAACAGAGGACGUCGGCGAGCUCGACUUACAACACCUUCGACGACCUGUACUUGGAUGAUCAGGAUGCCUUAGAAGGCUCCGGCCGAGGUGGCAGCGACAAUCGCGACGACCUUGAAGCCUCGGGCAGCGGCCUUGGUCCUGACGACGAGGACGGGGACGACGACCAUGAGUUCACCGGUAAUAAUGGCUUAGAGGUGCCGAGCAAGCCGACCGAAGCGAGACCUCCGUACAGCAUCGACGAGACAAACGUCAAAACUAAACAACAGACGACCAUUGACACGGUGAACCGACCCGGCAACGAGGUCGAGGUAAUCGAGCCCUCAGGCACGGAAGACGAUCACGCCGACAACACCGACGACAUCCACGAAGUUUACAUCAUGAAUCCGAAACCCGGGGAUCGCACCAGUUCGUUCUUCGCGCAGCCAGGCGUGCUAGCCGCUGUGAUCGGCGGCGCGGUAGUGGGCCUCCUCUGCGCGAUACUGGUGGUCAUGUUCAUCGUGUACCGGAUGCGCAAGAAGGACGAGGGCUCGUACGCCCUGGACGAGCCGAGGAGAUCGCCCGCGGCGCAGGCCUUCCCCAAGCCGGGCGCGCCUCACCACAAUCGGGAGUUCUACGCUUGAGGCGACGGCGGCGUGAUGGCGACUUCGCCGAUUCCUCUCGCGAUCUCACGAUGCCGAGCCGAGUAAAGACCCACCGACGAUCAACGCCCGCAUUCGGAAUCCCGCUGGUCGAUGGUGAAACGAUUACUACGGCGAACCGCAUGGCACGCGCUCAUAGACUCUCCCGAAAACGUAAAGUUCUACCCGAGGAACGUCGCUCAGAACGUCGGCCGAUUCUCGAUUACACGGAUUCCCCCUCCCUCCACUCCCGCUUCAAUCCCCUCUCCCCCUUGUGUAUCUCUCUCUUGUUCUUAGCUUUUUAAAUCGAUGGUUAUAACAUAUCCUCACUUGACUGGAUUCCGGAUUUCUUUCCGUUUCCCUCCUCGGAAGGCAACUUUUCACUUGCACUUCUUCCCCUUGACGAUUUUUUUCGGACUCAAAAUCGAGUCCGAGCCGCGACAUACGACGUUCGCGCGCACGGCUUUUCCCGGUCGCCCGAGUUCAUUUUGGCUCUGGAGGAAACUGUAUUUUCUUACACGCUGUAUUUCACCGCGUCCGAAGAAAGACGCGCGCGAGUAAGAGCCCGAGGCAAGACGAAUUCGCGGCCGACGGACCGUUCACCGAACGCCGAAAACCUUUUUCAGCCUGACGCUCCGGUUCCUUCACGAUACUCUGUACAGACUCUCUUUUCUUAUCCUUAAAUUCUUAACAGGCCACAUUCGCUGAUCUCCAAAAAGAAUCUCUUCGAAGUGUAAUCAUCCCGGCUGGUGACUGAAGCGACGGACAAUGAACGACGAGACCACACCUCUCGUAUAUAUCCCGUCGAGACACCGUCGGCGAGAUUGCACCAAUUCCAAACUGCAUUUACAAGCGUAUUUAGAGAGCGUAUAUAUAUAUAUAUAUAUUAUAUAAAUAUAUAUAUAUUUACGUGUAUGUAUACGUAUAUACAUGUACAGGACUGAGAGCGUGAAAAUUCGUGGGCGAUAAACGCCGCUGCUAUGUCGUUAAUCAUUCUGUCUCCCGGUGGAAGGAGGGAAGGGAAGAAGGAUCGUUGCGGCGCCGUGAUUUCUCUCCGACAGCAAGAGCGGCGAGGAGUUAAGCUGCAACCCCGUUUGCGCGUCGCUGCUAUUACUUGUUCUCUCCUUUAUUCUUUUUUAAAUUUACGAUAUUCGCUUCUUUGAUACGAGCGUUUAAUACUGAGUUCGAAGAUUUAGGUCUUUUAUUGCGCGUUCGCGUCCCGAUAGAGGUGAAAACGAUGGCGGGACUCGCCGACCAUAUUGAUCGAUUGCAGAGAGGAUAAAAAGGGCGCCUAUAUUAAGAAUAUGUGUUAAGCAUUAAUCGUAGCGCGACCGCAUCGACCCACAUUACGUGUUCCGAGGAAAAUAAAAAAAAAUAUAUAUAUAUAUAUAUAUUUCAUCUCGAUGCAUUUCUAGGAAUUAUACAAGUUGCGCAAGAUCGCUUGAAAUUUAUUCGGUCGAUCGGUCACCGUAUAUUGUACAUAUCUUUAUAAAAUAACAAUUAUUUCUGAAGCGUACAUAAGAUUUUAUACGUAUUUUAUCUGUGCAGUGUUUUUUUUGUUUUUUUUAUUUCGUUGUAUCCCGAAACGUUGAAAAUAAGUAAUUCGACAUAUCUCGAAUUAUUUCAGUUAUCUUUCGAUUCUUUUUGAUUGAGUUUUCUGUCUAUCUUUUAGUGCUUCUUACAUAUUUACAUCUUUUACACAUGAUAAGUAUGUAUUUCAGAUUUUUAAAUUAAGACUCGAUGAUAAUUGAACAUGUAAACUUGCUCGCAGUUUGGAUCAUUUUAUUCAAUGACCGUUUCAUGUAAAUCCCAGUUCAAUAUUUCGAGAAUUGUAUGUAAUUACUGAAGCUCCCAAUAAUUGUGAAUAUUGUCUUUGCCAGGCGUUUAGCGAAUUUCAUUAGAAUCCUUCUACUGUACGAAUCGCCAUGCAUUUAGCAAAUAAAAUAAAUCCUCAAUUAGCGUGCCAUAUGUUUUUGUAACGCAAACUGGCAGUCAUGCGUGCGUGUCGCUAGUAACACGAUUGACGUUUCCAUCUUCCAAGAAUCGUAUCCCUUGCAGAAAUAAAAAGUGCAGCUUUUAAAACGUAGAGAAAUCCCUUUGUAGACUGAAUAUUUUUCCGAUGCUCGCUGAGGUAUCGGGACGAACAGAAAUAGCUUGAGGUCCAGUGAAUCAUGUUUGCAUGGCAAUGGGACGUCACACCCUCCUUCCACCCGUAAGAUAAAAUACCCACUUUUACUAUUACCCGGGUCAGCUCCGAUAAAAAUCCUCGAUACGUCCGUCUAGGGUUUAUCUUGUCUUGGAAAAUUCUUCUAACGGCAAGAAGUCACGUUGCCAUUAGGCUAAAUAAUGGAUACUGCAUUUGACAGGCACAAUUACCCACGGCACACACGAAAAA